CCGAUCCAGUCCGGCAUAUUGCCGGGCACCAACGGGUCCUCCUUCCUUUUACUCGUCCCCGAGCGAGCCGACGCCAAGAUGAACGACAGUGUCACACUCAGGACUCGGAAGUUCAUGACAAACCGUUUGCUUCAGAGGAAGCAGAUGGUUCUGGAUGUCCUGCACCCUGGAAAAGCAACAGUCCCCAAGACUGAAAUCAGGGAGAAGCUUGCCAAAAUGUACAAGACCACACCUGAUGUGGUGUUCGUCUUCGGUUUCAAGACUCAAUUCGGUGGUGGCAAGACAACAGGUUUCGCCAUGGUCUACGAUUCACUAGACUACGCCAAGAAGAAUGAGCCCAAAUACAGACUGACCAGACAUGGUCUCUACGAGAAGAAAAAGACGUCCAGAAAACAGCGCAAGGAAAGAAAGAACAGAAUGAAGAAAGUACGAGGCAUCAAGAAAGCCACUGUUGGUGCUGCUGGCAAGAAGAAAUGAGGUGUCAGGAAAAGGUAGAGCAGAAAUCGGCAUGGUGUGCUGAUUGCAAUCCACUUUUACCUUAUUUAGUUGGAGUGCUCUGCAUGUUAAAUCUAUAAGACUUUCCUCUAGAGAAAAUCCCUGUAGCAGACAGUUGUUUGUGUUUGGCUUGUGUGUAUAAUUCUAGUUUCUGACCAUAAAAGCCAGAUGACUGUCACCAGUAACUGUGACCUGCACUUUGAAUUAAGAGCAGCAUGAUAUUCAGUUAACUCUCUACAUUUUUCUGUAUUAGCUGAUUGAACUGCAUGUUUGACGUGUGACUAUCAGAUUCAAUCUGUCAUCCCAUCUUAUCACUUAAUAUUUGUAGUAAACUGCUUGUAGAGUGCAUAGAGAAACUGCAGCAGAUGACUUAAAAGGCAAAAUGCUAUGAGGGGUCUUCCCCUGUCAAAUUGAAUGUUUUCUAACUCGUACUUUUUUUUUCCUUUUUUUUUUUUUUUUUGUCCCAACAGUGAGACCUUCAGGGAAGAUGAUCAUCCUGAAUGUUCUUGUAUAUUGUCUGCAAAUAAAUUUCUAAAAGGAGA